AUAAUAACAUGGAGGAUCUUCAACUAGUCCCAGUCAUGGCCAAGGAUGUGGAGGCACAAUUUGUAGAGAUCAUGGUGCCACUCUAUUCUUAUGGUUGUGGCAAGAAAAUCAAGAAAGCUUUGGCCCAUUUUAAAGGUAUUUAUUCGGUCAAUGUGGAUCACAAUCAACAAAAGGUGACAGUAUGGGGCAUUUGCAACAAGAAAGAGGUGUUAUCCACCAUUAGAGCUAAGAGGAAAGGAGCUCGUUUCUGGAACAUGCCGAAAGACAAUGACAUCCAAUCACACACCGCACCAUCCUCACCCUUGCUUUGUCCUUCGCCUCUUACCAUCAUUAAGAGACGUCCAUCUUUGUCGCUCAAUUGGAGAGCAGCAUGGAAGAAGGUCUUCAAUAGAUCCAAUUCCUUCUAAAUCAAUUGUCCCAACCCCCUCCCCCACUUUUUUGCUUUAAUGUUAAUGUUAAUGUUAUUGUUACUGCUAUGUACUACUAGUAAUAUUGUAGGACAAUGGAUUAUAUGAAGAUGCAAGUGUUAUUUUGAAUUUUGGGCGUGUUGUCAUCAAUAAAUUGGUUUUUUCUUCCU